CCAUGUCAGCAAGAUGCAGUUAAAACAGAGGGUCCUUCCGCCGUCCAACCCAUCAGCAUCGUCUUCCCACCCCUUCCAACGAGUGCCAGCGUAAUUACCACAAGAUAGCAGGGAGCGAAGAAUAGGGACGAUGCCGCUUGCGCCAGGUCUCCGUGCCGAGUUGAAAUUGCACCCGGACGUGCAGUCAUUGGACGAGGAAUGGUCUGGGGUCACCGACCCUGUCACUCGUCGGAAACUCCAGAAUCGACUGAACCAACGAGCUGCAAGACGGCGCAAGGCUGCGCAGAAGACGGGUGCGGAGGACGCCUCGUCAAGUGCUAGCUCCUCGCGAGCUGCAGCAGGGCUCAAAGAUGUGCCCCUAGUCCAGCGGGCCGAUCUCAACGACCUGAUAGCGCUGAGGAGCAAGAGGAUCAGCAGCACCGAAUGGCACACGGCCCUUGCGUCAUUCGACCCCGCGGGCCAGUCGCCCUUCAAGUCCAUACGGAGCAAGAAUUCCUGCCAGCGGUGGUACGAGGUGCUGCUGGAAAACCGGCUGGUGUCCAUCAAGGACCUGGCCGAGAAGCUGGUGACGGACCGCGACAAUGCCUGGAUGUAUCCGCUGCCGUCCGAUCACCUGAUCUCCCUGAUCUACUACAACGUGUACCGGGCGCUCAUCUCGAACUGCCACAUGCUGGGCCUGGACCUGAACCUGAUGUACACCGACGACUAUCCCUCCCCGUUCCUCCCUCUGUCCCAGAGCGCCACCUCGAACAUCCGCCACCUGCCGCCGUCGCUGCAGCCGACCGAGCUGCAGAAGACCAUGGCGCACCACCCGAUGUGGGACAUCUUUCCUGACCCCGACAUCCGAGACAACAUCCUCCGGUACGGCGAAGAAAACAUUGAUGAUCUGCAGCUGUGCCUCGACAUGGUCGGGGAUGGCAACUACACGGGCCUGGAGAAUCUCGACACGCAGCAGACGAACGGAUUGAUUGUGUGGUCGGAGCCGUGGGACUCGACGGGGUGGGAAGUGACGGAGUGCUUUGCGCGCAAGUGGCCCUGGCUGUUGAAGGGCGCACUCAACGCCCAGAAGUCCACGAACAAAUGGAGGACGAGCCGUGGGGAGGACCCCCUGGAUUUUGACAGGAUUCUGGAGAUUGAGUGAAGGUCUAUACAAUGCUCGCGAGGGAGGGCGAUUGUCACUGCAGGACACCGGAAAGCUAUCUCGACGCUUCGACAAGGCCCCCCCAAACCGGUCGUCAAGAUGAGGUGGUCGGUCAAAAGUGCUCUAUCAGCAAUCUAUGGCAAACCACCUUUGGACGGCGAAAGUUUGUCCAUGACCUACCUCCUGCCGUCCCUGCAGUCGUCGCACAGCACGCAGAGAGCGCCACACAAUCCUCGUUGCACCAGCCAUGCCGACGAGACGCCAACGACGAAUUUUGGAAACACUAUUCCUGUCGUCGAAAAGGCGAUACUUGAUGCUGAUUUUAGAAUGUUCCCACCCGAGGAACCGGACACGGUCCCUUCGAUGAAACGACGGGUGUCUGAUGUUCCUCAUGGAAAGUAGAGAUCCAAUGGUCGGGGAUAUCUUAGAAGGAUGGCCCGUAGGCUGAUGAUUAGUUGCCUCAUGUUUUGUCACGGGAUAGAUGACAUUAGACCGAAAACGUGACUUGCUCGUUUCUGCCGGCAGCAAAGACGCUAGGAUGCAUGCUCCCAGC